AGUUCAAGGAAAUUGCUUCUCAUCAGACCAGCAAAGCAGUGACAUCAUUCAGGUUCUUCGAACCAAUGUUGAAUUAUUAUUCUCCAAGUUACUUUACACUUUAUAAACCUCCAAUGACAUACCAUGAUCUCAGUAAGACCACAAACUUCCACUGAAACAUAGUCAAAGCAAGUAAGCAUACUUCCACGGAAACAUACUCAAAAACAUUUUCGGACACCUCUGAAAUCCAGUAAACAAGUGAAGGAAAUGAAGAGAGUAGAGUUAGUAUUCAUUCCUGGUCCUGGGAUGGGUCACCUUGUAUCCACUGUGGAGAUGGCAAAGCAACUAGUAGAUAGAGAAGAUCAACUUUCCAUCACAGUUCUCAUCAUGACACUACCCAUGGAGACAAAGAUCCCAUCAUAUACUAAAUCACUGUCCUCAAACUACACUUCUCGCAUAAGGUUGCUUGAACUUACCCAACCUGAGACCUCAGUUAAUAUGGGCAGUGCUACUCAUCCCAUGAAGUUUAUGUCAGAGUUCAUCACCAGCUACAAGGGUCGCGUCAAAGACGCCGUUGCUGAUAUGUUUAGUUCGUUAAGCUCUGUGAAGCUUGCGGGAUUUGUAAUAGACAUGUUCUGCACUGCAAUGAUUGAUGUAGCGAACGAUUUUGGAGUCCCAAGUUAUCUCUUCUACACUUCUGGUGCAGCUAUGCUAGGACUCCAAUUCCAUUUUCAAAGUCUAAUUAGCCAGAAUGUGCUUAGCUACCUCGAUUCUGAGUCAGAAGUACUGAUCCCCACUUACAUUAAUCCGGUUCCAGUCAAAUGUUUGCCUGGGUUAAUCCUAGACAAUGAUGAAUAUAGCAUCAUGUUCCUCGAUCUUGCAAGAAGAUUCAAGGAGACGAAAGGAAUUAUGGUGAACACUUUUGUUGAGGUUGAAUCGCACGCUUUGAAAGCUCUCUCUGAUGAUGAGAAAAUCCCACCAAUCUACCCUGUUGGGCCUAUACUAAACCUUGGAGGUGGUAAUGAUGGUCACGGAAAAGAAUAUGAUUCGAUUAUGAAGUGGCUUGACGGGCAGCCUAAUUCAUCAGUGGUUUUCCUCUGCUUUGGAAGCAUGGGGAGUUUCGAAGAAGAUCAGGUGAAGGAAAUAGCAAAUGCUCUAGAGAGCAGUGGCUACCAGUUCUUGUGGUCGCUAAGGCAACCUCCACCAAAAGACAAGCUACAAUUCCCAAGCGAAUUCGAGAAUCUUGAGGAAGUCUUGCCGGAGGGAUUCUUGCAAAGGACUAAAGGAAGGGGAAAGAUGAUAGGAUGGGCACCCCAGGUGGCUAUUUUGUCUCAUCCUUCAGUAGGAGGAUUCGUAUCUCAUUGUGGUUGGAAUUCGACUCUGGAGAGUGUUCGUAGUGGAGUGCCGAUGGCAACAUGGCCAAUGUAUGCAGAACAACAGAGCAAUGCAUUUCAAUUGGUGAAGGAUUUGGAGAUGGCAGUGGAGAUUAAGAUGGAUUACAGGAAAGAUUUUAUGACAAUAAACCAACCAGUGCUGGUGAAAGCAGAAGAGAUAGGAAAUGGAAUUAGGCAGCUGAUGGAUUUAGAGAAUAAAAUCAGGGCCAAGGUGAGGAAGAUGAAGGAGAAAAGCGAAGCAGCUAUCAUGGAAGGUGGUUCAUCAUAUGUAGCUUUAGGUAAUUUUGUUGAGACUGUCAUGAAGAGCUAAUUUUAGCAACAAGAAGCUGGAACUGAUCUUGCCUAAACCAGUACUAUCAUCAGUUUUGCAUCAGUUCUUUAAAUAAAGUAGAGAUGCAACUUAUAUAUUUGCAGUCUCGGAGAGCAGCUUGUUCUAAGUUCAAAUGCUAUACAAUUGCAAUCUUCCCUCCUUUUCUUGCCCUUA